CAGAUCAUAGAGAUGAGAGUACACAUGGACUGCGCUGGAUGUCAAGGCAAGGUCAAAAGUGCACUUCAAAAACUAAAAGGAGUGGAUGAUAUUGACAUAGAUAUGAACUUGCAAAAAGUGACAGUCACUGGAUACGCGGACCAAAAGAAGGUUCUGAAGGCGGUGAGGAAGACCGGGAGGAGAGCCGAGCUGUGGCAAAUGCCUUACAAUCCUCAUGAGUACGAAAGCUUCACAAACCCCUAUUAUUACCAACACCAUUGCAAUGGCCCGGUUACUCACUACGCUCCCCAGCCUGCUUCGUCCUACAACUACUACAAACACGGUUAUAGUAACACUUACGAUCACAUGAGUACUUACAACUACAAUCCUGCUGGGAGAUCCAGUUCUGCCAUCUUUGCCCAUCAAACUGCUGCUGCAUUUAGUGAUGAAAACCCUCAUGGUUGCUCUAUAAUGUGA